AUGCUGAUCAAUUUUCUCCAUUAUGUCCUCUGUGUGUGCCAAUCCCAGGGCUGGAGCAGCAGAUACCUCUUGAACUCAGAUCCCGGACGGUACAGCGACCACACGGGGGGUGGUUGGCGAGAGAGGCUGGACUCGCGGCCGCCGGCGGGAUGCGUCUGGGCGGAAGGGGACACCGGGUGGGAGCUGGACAAGUCGUACACUCGCUGCGACGACGAGGGGUGGUGA